AUGAGAGGUUUCUUUACUUGCCUUUCGGUCUUGCCAGCCCUCCUCAACUUGGCCGCAGGGAUUUCCAUCAAGAGAGCAUCAAAGGAUCCGUACUUUCUCCUCAUUGGAGACUCUACCGUCGCGGUGAAUGGUGGUUGGGGCGAUGGCUUCUUGUCUUAUCUCAGGAACGGAGCCGAGGGAGAGAAUCGAGGCAAAAGCGGAUCUACAACUGCCUCGUGGAAGGCAAACGGCAGAUGGGCAGACCUUUUGACGACUGUCGCGGACGAAAAAGACGCCAAGGAGCCCAUUGUGACUAUUCAGUUUGGACAUAAUGACCAGAAGUCUUUGACUCUGGACGAAUACCGAGCAAACUUGGUCAAUAUAACCACGACUCUGAAGGAGGCCGGGGCCACACCAAUCAUCAUCACGCCGCUUACUCGUCGCAACUUUGACGGCGAUGAAGUGCAGCAAGACUUUGUCGAGUGGAGAGGCAAGGCCAUUGCAGUCGCCAAGGAGGUUGGGAUCAAGUGGCUGGACCUCACUCAGGCGAGCACGAAUUAUAUAAAUGCCAUUGGUGCCGAGAACGCUUCAUAUUAUGACCUGAGCGAAGGUGACGGUACGCACCUCAACACGGCGGGCCAGACGGUCUUUGGGCGGAUGGUGGCAGACCUCUUGCUUGAGAAGCGCACCGAUCUCUCCACGUUUUUUACGCCGAAUGAGGCACUGAGCGACAAGAUCUCGGCUGGGGAGUUUGCUACCGGCGAUGAAUAA